GCACUAGAUUCUGACACGCACUCGUUAUGGGGAAAACGCUGCAUGCUAUUGGCCGAAACCAAUGUCAAUGUUCAAUGCAUCUCAUUCGAUUGGUGUAUUGGAAAUUGGGGCGUUUUAGGGUAAUUUGUGAACAGUGGUCGUAGUUGACAGUUGAUCUCUUGGUUUUUCCAUCUAUUCGUGAAUUGUUGAGAUUUUGCUAAUAAGGAGGGGGUGUCAACUGUCCGGUAGCUGAAGAAAGUUGGACCUUCAAGUUCAACCAUUCCACACGUCGACCCCCCACUAUCAACUAUCAACAUGGCAGGGAUUGGCAGACUGUCAACAAAGGGCUCAGUACUCUUACUGUGUGACAUGCAGGAGAAGUUCAGACCCAACAUCUUCCAGUUCACCAACAUUGUCAGCAACGCAGCCAGACUGCUACAGGCAGCCCGUGUUCUGGGCAUCCCCCCCAUAGUGACAGAGCAGUACCCUAAAGGCCUGGGUCCCACGGUGCCUGAGCUGGGGGCUGGGGACCUGACAGCCCACGCCAAGACCAAGUUCACCAUGAUGAUAGAGCCAGUGGAGAAGGAGCUCAAAGCCCUGGGAGAUCCCAAGAUAGCCAUCCUCUGUGGGAUAGAGACACAGGCCUGCAUCGCGUGCACGACCUUUGACCUGCUGGAGAAGGGUAUGGAGGUGCAUAUCGUGGCUGAUGCCGUCUCAUCCAGAAGUCAGACAGACCGGUUGUUUGCCCUGUCCCGGUUGAGGCAGAGUGGAGCCUUCCUGACCACCACAGAGGCCGUCCUACUACAGCUAGUGCAAGAUGCCCAACACCCCAACUUUAGAGAGAUCCAGAAGCUGUUGGUCCAGCCAUCCCCUGACACAGCCUUGCUGGCCUUCUUCAGCUCUCUGUAGAGAAGACAAGCUCCUUCUUGUUGUCUGUGAAAUCAUCUGAAACACUGUGUGAACACAAGUACGGAAAUAAACCCAUGCUGCUGUUUUCCAUGCUGA